UCUGGAACUUGAGAAGACAAAUGUACCCAGUGCCACCUGUGAGCCCGUGUCCAGAGGCCAGGUGGCUCUGCAUCCCCAUUCUGCUAGAGAAGGGUGACUGCUGACUGGGAACAUGCAACACGAGGCAGGAGAAACAACCGAGAAAAUAAGGCUGAGAUGAAGACCAAAGGGAACAAGGAACUCACACAUACCCCAGGCUCCCGCCCUGCUGAGCAGGGCUGGCUGACUGGGGGGAUUGGGGGAGUUUGCCUGAGAAUUGGAGGCGGAGUUUCUUUACAGCGGGGCUUUUCUGGCCCCCUCUUCCCCAAGCCCCGCAAUUUAGUGGGUGGUGUAGCUGGAGAGCUAUUCUCCCUUCCGGCACUUUCCAGUUCACCCCUUCACCCGGUGCCUCCUCCGAGCUGCAGAGGGUGGGGGGCGGGGGGUAGGGGGAGCCAAUCCCAGCAGCGCCUAAGGGGGGAGGCGGCAGUGACAGCCGCGGGGAGGGGGCGGAGGAGAGGCGGCUGGGCUCCAGCUCGGCUCUCAGCUCCACUCUGCCUUCUGCUCCGCUCUCACUUGCUGCCCAAGGCUCCUGCUCCUGCCCCAGGACUCUGAGGUGGGCCCUAAAACCCAGCGCUCUCUAAAGAAAAGCCUUGCCAGCCCCUACUCCCGGCCCCCAACCCCAGCAGGUCGCUGCGCCGCCAGGGGGGCGCUGUGUGAGCGCCCUAUUCUGGCCACCCGGCGCCCCCUCCCACGGCCCAGGCGGGAGCGGGGCGCCGGGGGCCAUGCGGGGCCAAGGCAGAAAGGAGAGUUUGUCCGAAUCCCGAGAUCUGGACGGCUCCUAUGACCAGCUUACGGGCCACCCUCCAGGGCCCAGUAAAAAAGCCCUGAAGCAGCGUUUCCUCAAGCUGCUGCCGUGCUGCGGGCCCCAAGCCCUGCCCUCAGUCAGUGAAACAUUAGCUGCCCCAGCCUCCCUCCGCCCCCACAGACCCCGCCCGCUGGACCCAGACAGCGUAGAGGAUGAGUUUGAAUUAUCCACGGUGUGUCACCGACCUGAGGGCCUGGAACAACUCCAGGAACAGACCAAGUUCACACGCAGAGAGCUGCAGGUCCUGUACCGAGGCUUCAAGAACGAAUGCCCCAGUGGGAUUGUCAACGAGGAGAACUUCAAGCAGAUUUAUUCUCAGUUCUUUCCCCAAGGAGACUCCAGCAACUAUGCUACUUUUCUCUUCAAUGCCUUUGACACCAACCACGAUGGCUCUGUCAGUUUUGAGGACUUUGUGGCUGGUUUGUCGGUGAUUCUUCGGGGGACCAUAGAUGAUAGACUGAGCUGGGCUUUCAACUUAUAUGACCUCAACAAGGACGGCUGUAUCACAAAGGAGGAAAUGCUUGACAUUAUGAAGUCCAUCUAUGACAUGAUGGGCAAGUACACAUACCCUGCCCUCCGGGAGGAGGCCCCAAGAGAACACGUGGAGAGCUUCUUCCAGAAGAUGGACAGGAACAAGGACGGCGUGGUGACCAUCGAGGAAUUCAUCGAGUCUUGUCAACAGGUAUGGUUCCACUCUCUACACAUCUGUCCCUGUUCUGAACCUAAAUCCGUGAAACGGGAGAAGGCUCCUCUCAACUUCACUCACUCCCCACCUCCCAAUCCUAUUCUUUUAUGACCAGGGCAGAUUUACCCUUUUACCACCUCAGAUCCCCCUAGAUAAGCUUCUUCCUAACUCCUGAAUGCCCCCAUCUUUGAAUGUCUUCCUCUGUGUCUCUGACAAGCUUUUUUAUUUUUUUUUCUCUCUCUCUCUACCUGCCUCCCUCAUGUCAUGACCACAGGACGAGAACAUCAUGAGGUCCAUGCAGCUCUUUGAUAAUGUCAUCUAGCUCCCCAGGGAGAGGGGUUAGUGUGUCCUAGGGUGACCAGGCUGUAGUCCUAGUCCAGACGAACCUAACCCUCUCUCUCCAGGCCUGUCCUCAUCUUACCUGUACCCUGGGGGCUGUAGGGAUUCAAUAUCCUGGGGCUUCAGUAGUCCAGAUCCCUGAGCUAAGUCACAAAAGUAGGCAAGAGUAGGCAAGCUAAAUCUGGGGGCUUCCCAACCCCCGACAGCUCUCACCCCUUCUCAACUGAUACCUAGUGCUGAGGACACCCCUGGUGUAGGGACCAAGUGGUUCUCCACUUUCUAGUCCCACUCUAGAAACCACAUUAGACAGAAGGUCUCCUGCUAUGGUGCUUUCCCCAUCCCUAAUCUCUUAGAUUUUCCUCAAGACUCCCUUCUCAGAGAACACGCUCUGUCCAUGUCCCCAGCUGGCUUCUCAGCCUAGCCUUUGAGGGCCCUGUGGGGAGGCGGGGACAAGAAAGCAGAAAAGUCUUGGCCCCGAGCCAGUGGUUAGGUCCUAGGAAUUGGCUGGAGUGGAGGCCAGAAAGCCUGGGCAGAUGAUGAGAGCCCAGCUGGGCUGUCACUGCAGGUUCCAGGGCCUACAGCCCUGGGUCAGCAGAGUAUGAGUUCCCAGACUUUCCAGAAGGUCCUUAGCAAUGUCCCAGAAAUUCACCAUACACUUCUCAGUGUCUUAGGAGGGCCCGGGAUCCAGAUGUCUGGUUCAUCCCUGAAUCCUCUCCCUCCUUCUUGCUCGUAUGGUGGGAGUGGUGGCCAGGGGAAGAUGAGUGGUGUCCCGGAUGAUGCCUGUCAAGGUCCCACCUCCCCUCCGGCUGUUCUCAUGACAGCUGUUUGGUUCUCCAUGACCCCUAUCUAGAUGUAGAGGCAUGGAGUGAGUCAGGGAUUUCCCGAACUUGAGUUUUACCACUCCUCCUAGUGGCUGCCUUAGGGGAAUGGGAAGAACCCAGUGUGGGGGCACCCAUUAGAAUCUUUGCCCGGUUCCUCACAAUGCCCUAGGGUCCCCUAGGGUACCCGCUCCCUCUGUUUAGUCUACCCAGAGAUGCUCCUGAGCUCACCUAGAGGGUAGGGACGGUAGGCUCCAGGUCCAACCUCUCCAGGUCAGCACCCUGCCAUGCUGCUGCUCCUCAUUAACAAACCUGCUUGUCUCCUCCUGCGCCCCUUCUCAGUCAGCCAGGGUCUGAGGGGAAGGGCCUCCCGUUUCCCCAUCCGUCAGACAUGGUUGACUGCUUUGCAUUUUGGGCUCUUCUAUCUAUUUUGUAAAAUAAGACAUCAGAUCCAAUAAAACACACGGCUAUGCACA